GAGCGCCCUGAGAGCUGCGCCGCGCCAGGCCCCCGCCGCACCGCGCGGCCUCCUGCUUCGGAGUGCCGGACUUCGCGUCGCCUCGCCGCCGUCAAGUGCUUGAUUGUCAAGUCCGCCGCGUAGUGCCGCGUGGCCGCCGCCAGCAGCAUGGCGUCCUCCGCGGAGGAGGAGGAGAUCGUGAAGAAGCAGGCCGCCGCCGUCGUCGAGGACAGCCCCGAGUUCCGCGAGGCGGUGGCGAGGAGCCAGGACGUGGAGGAUGACCUGGCCGUGGUGCAGGUCGGCUCGAAGCUCUGGAAGGUGCGCUCCUUCUCCAAGUGGUACCACCGAAAGUACUACCUGGACCGCGACAACGGCGUCCUCAAGUACGAGCCGAGCCACAAGCACCACUGUGUCUCCGAGCCUCGAUACAUCCCAGUGAGCCAGAUCGUGGACGUGCGGCGUGGGUGGAAGACGGACACUUUCAACAAGUUCGGGACCAAGGUGGUGGGCGAGCAGCGCAAGAUGAAGAACAGCCUCAAGCUGAGGCACCGCGACAACGACGCCGGGGUGAAGCCUCUCGUGGACGAGGCCUGCUGCUUCUCCGUCGUCUACGGCGACAACCGCAGCAGCCUGGACCUCGUGGCCAACAGCCCGCAAGUGGCCGCGGUGUGGGUGCGCGCGCUGCGACACGUGGUGACCGUCAUGCGAGGCCUCAACCAGGACAACCGGUUCAUCAUGUGGCUGCAAGCCAAGUUCCAGGACGCAGACGUAGACAAAAGCGGCACCCUGCACUUUGACGAAGUCCUUCGCCUUCUGAUGCAGCUCAACGUGAAAAUGUCCAAGAAAAAGGCGCUCCAGAUAUUCAACCUUGCAGACACCAACAAGCCCGAGAAUCCGGCGCAGGAGGAGCCCUCACUGGACGCCAAGGAGUUCGUGCAGUUCUACACGCUGCUCAUGAGCAGGCCGGAGCUGGAGGCCCUGUACCACAAGUACGCGCGCAGCGCCCACGAGAUGACCACCGCGGAGCUGCAGAAGUUCUUGAAAAAGGAGCAGAGCAUGCCGGACGUGACGCUGGACGAGUGCAAGAGCCUCAUCGACGCCUUCGAGCAGUCCGACGAGCUGAGGAGCAGCGGCCGCAUCUCCACCAUCGGAUUCACGCACAUGAUGAGCUCCGAGAACUUCCAAGUCACCAAGCCAGCGCACAAGACCGUGUACCAGGACAUGACCCAGCCGCUGAGCAGCUACUACAUCGCCACUAGUCACAACACGUACUUGCUGGGGCGGCAGGUGGUGGCGGAGAGCACCAUCGAGGGCUACGUGGAGGCGCUGCGGUGCGGCUGCAGGUGUCUGGAGCUGGACUGCUGGGACGGCCCGGACGGCGAGCCCGUCGUGACCCACGGCUACGCGCUCACGACCAAGCUCAUCUUCCGCGAGGUGCUGAAGGACGCCAUCCUUCCGCACGCCUUCACCUUCUCCGAGUACCCCGUCAUCCUGUCCCUGGAGAAUCACUGCACUCCCGAGCAGCAGAAGCGCCUCGCCUUCCACAUGACCGACGUCUUCGGCGACCUGCUGUACCUGGACCCGGUGUCGCCGGACAUGGAGACGCUGCCGUCGCCGGAGCAGCUCAAGCGGCGCAUCAUCAUCAAGGGGCGCAAGGCCGCGCCGGUGCAGGCGGCGGAGAGCGAGUCGGACGAGGACGACGAGAUGGACUCGCUGUCGCCGCACCACGCCCACGGCCUCAACGGCCGCAAGAAGGCCUCGGACUCCAGCAGCGAGAGCGACGUGUCGCGGCCGUCCUCGCCGAACCUGUCCGUCGCCGCCAACCACAAGACGGUGCACAAGACGAGCUCCAACGGCAGGAGGAGGUCGCACCAGCCGCCGCAGCUGGAGAAGGUGACCGACCAGAACCUCUCGGACCUGGUGAACGUGUGCCAGGGCGUGCACUUCCACGGCUUCAAGGAGGAGGGCAAGUGCUACGAGAUGGUGUCGCUGUCUGAGAGCAAGGCAACCAAGCUCAUCGACAAGUGCGGCGAGGAGUUGGUGGACUUCAACUCCAGGCGGCUCAGCAAGAUCUACCCCGCCGGCACGCGGACGGGAUCCACCAACUUCCAGCCCUGGCCGUACUGGAACGCCGGCUGCCAGAUAGUCGCCCUCAACUACCAGGGCCUCGACAAGCCCAUGUUCAUCAACGAGGCCAAGUUCAGAGACAACGGCGCUUGCGGCUACGUCCUCAAGCCGGACUUCCUAAGACUGCCCGACUUCAAAGACUUCGCCUUCAACCCGACGGCGGCCAACAUCGGCCAGAUACCGAGGCUCAAGGAUAGGAGAAGACUGCUUAGAAUCCAAGUCAUCAGUGGCCAGCAUUUGCCCAAGCCUGAGGGCGAGGGCCUGAGCGACAUCCUGGACCCGUACGUCAAAGUCAUGAUCAUCGGCCACCCCAUGGACAUGAGGAAAAAGCAGACGCCCGUCAUCCACGACAACGGCCUCAACCCCCGGUGGAACAGCACAUUCCAGUUCGUAGUGAACGUCCCCGAGCUCGCCUUCAUCUACUUCAUCGUCAAGGACGAGACUCCGCGUCGCCACGACCCCAUCGUCGGCGCCUUCGCCCUGCCGCUCACCUCCCUGGCGCCCGGCUACCGCCACGUGCCGCUGAUGGACAUGAGGAGGCGGAUUCUGGAUCCCGCCUCGCUCUUCAUCCACACCGAGAUUACCGAGCUGGUGUCCUGAGGGGGGUCGGCGGCUGGAGCGGCUGGACGAUCGGCGUCCCUCACGCGACCUCUGCAGCUCCGCCCUCCAGCCGCCACCGCCGCGGCGCCGACGUCGCCGACGUCGCCGUCCCCGGGACCGGGACGCGUCCGCUGAGGACGGCCGUCGCCGUGCUCCGUGCGCGCCAAGCCCACCGCACAGAUCGGUGGAGGCAGACGCAUGUUGAGCUCUAGAGUCGCCGAACAGGACUCGAACCGAACGUGUGACCGCACCAAUGGAUUCCUCGUUCGGAGAGCAAUCUAUUGGUGGGGUCACACGUUCGGUUGGAGUCCCAUUUAGCGACUUUGGUGUUCUAAACCCGUCCGAGGUUUUGACCGCCUCCACCGGUCUUCUGGCCCACUGUGCGUCCCACCGUCCCGCCGCAGACUGUGAUUCACCGCCCAGCUUCCCUGCUCCUUCAUUCACUUCCACGCGCGGAAGCCUUGUACGGGCCACAUGCUUCACGUGACUGUUAGUUGUUAUUGUUUUGUUACCGUUGAUUUUUAUCAUUAUGGAUAGUAAUAAAAAGACUUUUAAUUUUUCA